AUGAAGGCAGAAGAGGAACUGUCCCUACGGGGGCUGGAGAAGCUGCCCGCCAGAGCUCAGGCCCAAGCUCCUUCACAAAUAAUUGAUGGUGUUUGUGGCCGUGCUUAUCCUCAGUUUAAGGAUUAUGACAAUAUUUGGGAUUCAACAGAAUGGACUAAUGUCCUGGAAGAUAUUUCCAAGUUUUUCAGAACUGUCAUUGGUAAAAAUAAAGAUUUUGAAAAAGUGAUUGAGCAGUUGAAUCACUUAAGCUCAGAUCAUCAGAAUACAAUCAUGAAGUGUUUGAAAAAUCGAAAAGAUGAAAUUAGGAAAGCUCUCUUAGGAGAAAUAAUUGCCAUUUCCUCUGCCCAGUUACAGGAUUUUGAUUGGCAGUUAAAGCUUGCUCUCUCUAGUGAUAAGAUUGCCACAUUGCAAGUGCCACUUUUGAACCCUGAUCUAGAUGUAAAGGAAAAUGGUGACGUUAAACAAUAUUCUGUUGAAAUGAAUAAAGAAGAACUUCAGAAUUUAAUAAAUUCGUUGGAAGCAGCUAAUAAGGUCAUCUUGCAGUUGAAGUGACUGGAGAGGAUGGAUAUCAGAACCAUCAGCCUCUUACUGCUACAACUGAGGUGGCAGCAAGAAUAGUUUAUGCUCAGAGACUCAAGAGAUAUACUGAUAUAGUAUGCUGAUCUGAGCAGGCAGCAGUGAUCUGAGAUUAGGAAGG